AUCAGAAGAGGUUUUGCUGCUAGCAGUCAUCAUGGAGAACCGCCAGUUGUAUCCCCUAGAGGUUAACUCUCAUGGCGAGCCCUUUCUUCGCCUGAAAGCACACCCAAACAUAAUAUUAACGCCACCACGUCUGACGGACGCGUCCGCUCUGAUGGAAGUGCUAAAUGACGAGCACGUUUGCAAGUGGCUCAAGAGUCCCCCGUAUCCUUAUCUUCAAGAACACGCUGACUCUUGGCUUCUCCACGUCAAGUCAUUAUCAGAUAGAGUACUCAACGAGUUAGAUUCUGCACGAGACGAGGCAUCACUCCGGAUCGUUGACGACUGUCCAGUAAGCUACAUACGCGAGGUUAACGAAGAUGGAACGGACGCAUUCAUCGGGAAUGCGACCAUCAUUAGAUGUCCAUGGAUGGAUUUAACAAGUUGCUCCGAAAUUAGCCAAGGAGAAAAAGACCGCCUAUUGGCGGAAAACGUCUCGAGGCCUGCUGGGGACCCCAGGACCUUCUGGACUAUAGGAAGCUAUCUUUCGUCCAGUCAUCACGGAAAGGGUAUAAUGACCGACGUGUACGCAACACUCCUCGAAAGCUGGGCAAUACCCAGGAUGGGGGUCCGUCGUAUAAUUGGCACCGCCUUUGAAGGCAACCAAGGAAGCGUUAGAGUAUUUGAGAAGAACGGUUUCGUUAUGAGGAAGACGAUUCCUGACUACCUGGAGGUGAAGGGUGUUCUGAGAAGUCUUCAUGUACUAGAUUGGAAACUUCCUAGUUAA